CGCGCAGUACACUCUGGGCUGUCCACGUUUUACGGGAGCAUUACCUAAUCUGGCGUGUGCAGGCGAAGCUGUGGCCGGGACCCAGCCGGCGUGGUGGCCGAGUUCCAGCGUCUUCAAUACCACCCUUCCCCCUUUUUGUUAGUAUAGAGGCGAGUGAGUGUCAGGUCACAGCUCCUUGCUCUGUGUCCCAGGUGCCCCUUUCUCCUGCAGCCCUCCAUCUCCGGAUGUGGGGCGGAAAGAGACUGCGCUGCGCUCAACGUCGACCCGAGAACCUCAGGCCUCGGCGGAAUCCCCGAGCUUGCGUUAAUCAUCCUCCCGGAAGCAGUUGUCAGGCUCGCUGAAGUUCAUUGCAGGUGAACGGAAAGUGGCCUGGAAAAGGAUUUGGUAGCCUACCAUGUCUAUCAGACGAAUCUUGUCACUGCGAAAGUGGAUUCCGCUGCAGAGCUCUGCAAUGUGCCAGCAUUUGGGAUGUAACCUCCUGGUAAACCCUGGUGUCGGUAGUAUACGGUUACAGAAUUUCACUGUAAGCUGCUUGAAAUAUGCCAAAGCUAAAGGAGUUCGGAAGAAGAAGCAGCUUUCUGAAAAGAAAUUGACCCGGUACUUUGUGGAUCAGCGAAGGAUCUCUGUGGUAGGAGGGAAAGGUGGUGAUGGAGUGUGCACGUUCCACAGUGAACCUCGCAAAGAGUUUGGAGGUCCUGAUGGAGGCAAUGGAGGGAAUGGAGGACACGUUAUUUUGAAAGUUGCUCAACAGGUGAAAUCACUGCUCAGCAUAAAAUCUUCUUAUCGUGGCACUGAUGGAGAACAUGGAGCAAGUAAAAAUUGUUAUGGAAAGAAUGCAGCCAAUACUUAUCUACUGGUGCCAGUUGGUACUGUGGUCAAGGAAGAUGGGAAGAUAGUAGCCGAUCUCUCAUCACACGGAGAAGAAUAUGUGGCAUCAUAUGGUGGGCUGGGUGGCAAAGGAAACCGUUUCUUUCUAACCAAUGAGAAUCGUGCACCAUUGAUGUCAACGCCAGGGGAACCUGGUCAGCAGCGGAUCUUGCAGCUGGAGCUCAGGACCAUGGCUCAUGGUGGGAUGGUUGGAUUUCCUAAUGCGGGUAAAUCAUCUCUCCUGCGAGCAAUCUCAAAUGCCCAGCCAGCAGUUGCUGAUUAUCCAUUUACAACAUUAAAUCCUCACAUCGGUGUAGUACUGUAUCAAGACUUUGAGCAGGUUGCAGUUGCAGAUAUCCCUGGAAUCAUCAGAGGCGCCCACAGAAACAAAGGGCUGGGAGUUUCCUUUUUGAGACACAUUGAACGCUGCCUCUUUCUUCUGUUUGUGCUUGACGUGUCCGCACCGGAGCCCUGGCAGAAGCUGGAACAUUUGAAGUAUGAACUGGAGCAGUAUGGAAAAGGGUUGUCAGAGAGACCAUUUUGUGUCAUUGCAAACAAGAUAGACCUUCCAGAGUCUAGAGCCAAUUUUGUCUUGCUUCGAGAAAAAGUAAAGCAUUGUAGAAUAAUCCCCGUCUCUGCACUUACUGGUGAAAACAUUGAAGAGCUUUUAAUGCAUCUCAGGGAACUAUAUGAUGGAUACCUGGAGAAUACCAAGACUACUGACUGCAUACCAAUCAAAUGGUAAAAUUACUAUUAUGGACAGAAGUUAUUAAAUUCAUUUUAAAAAAUGUGUGUUCCUUUGUUCUGUAUCUGAAGAUCUGGUGAAGUCUUAAGACCCUUUGAAUAAUGUUCCCCUUUGGCAAUGGGCUGCCUCCAGGAUUUUGUAAAAGGUGAAAAUUUCAUUUAAAUUUUACGAAGAAAAUUACAAAUAUAUGAACAAUUUGAGAUAGAGAAUUUGACCAUUGAAUUAUGACUGGGAGAAUUUGGGUGUUUUUGAAACCUCUGCACUAUUUGGAUGGGAUUGUGGGGAAGAGAGAUGGCUGUUCAUCUCCUGUGGGUUUGUCAAUUACAAUUACACUCAGUAUUAGGUACAGGAGUAGAACCCAGAGUGGUGUUCUGCUGCAGUAGCCCAUCCACUUCAAGCUUCAGAAAUGCUCUUCUGCACACCACUGUUACUUAAAUUUUAUGACUUCAUUAUUUGAGUUACUGUUACUUUCCUGUUAGCUCGAAACAGUCUGACCAUUCUCUUAACCUCUCAGUAACAAGGUGUUUUCGCCCAUAGAACUACCACUCACUGGAAUUUUUUUUUUUUGUUUUUGCACCAUUCCCUGUAAACUCUGGAGACUGUUGUGUGUGAAAAUCCCGGGAUACCAGCAGUUCCUGGGAUACUCAGACCACUCUGUCUUGCAUCAACAGUCAUUCCACAGUCAAAGUCACUUAGAUCACAUUUCUACCCUGCUCUGAUGUUUAUUCUCAACAAGAAGUGAACCUCUUGACCAUGUCUGCACGUUUUUAUGUAUUGAGUUGCUGCCACAUGAUUGGCUGUUUAGAUAUUUGUAUUAACUAGCAGGUGUACCUAAUAAAGUGGCCACCGAGUGUA